AUGUCGUUGUGCUCGCCUGCCUCGCGUUUCCUUUCGCGAGCUGUCCCAUUACUUUCGCAGAAGAGAUUCGGAGCCUGGCAUGUCGACUGGAAACCUGCCCGCUAUCCUACAACGCCAGCGGAGCGUGCUGCUGCGGCCAAAAAGUAUGGACUUCUUCCACAGGAUUACGAACCCUAUGAGAAUGAUGGGAAUGCCCCGGGUGACUAUCCCAAGUUGGAACCCUACAGUGAAUUGCAUCGUGACCCGUUCGAACAUUAUGAUUAUGGCCAGGUGAAGCGUAAUUACAACGAACCGCUUCCAUGGGAUUGGGAUAAUUACUGGUCCAUGGGCUAUGAUCCUGCGCAACAGGAGCUGCGUUACGGCGAGCCACGGUAA